AUGGCAGUAGCCGAGGUCAAUGGAGACAGCAAACUCGAUAUCAUUGUCGUAAACCAAGGUUCAACAAACGUCGGUGUUCUCUUCAACAAUGGCAAUGGUACGUUUGCUGCUCAAGUGACUUAUUCAACUGGCAGUUGGCCGUAUUCGGUGGCAGCAGCCGAUGUCAAUGGAGACAGCAAAGUUGAUAUUCUUGUCGCAAAUGCCGGUCCAGACAACAUCGGAGUUUACCUCAACAAAGGCAAUGGCACGUUUGCUGCUCAAGUGACUUAUUCAACUAGCACUGAGCCGCGGUCUGUGACAGCAGCCGAUGUCAAUGGAGACAGCAAACUCGAUAUUAUUGUCGCCAAUCAUUGGUCGUACAACGUCGGUGUUCUCCUCAACAAUGGCAACGGCACGUUUGCUGCUCAAGUGACUUAUUCAACUGGCACUAACCCGUGGUCUGUGGUAGCAGCCGAUGUUAAUGGAGACAGCAAACUCGAUAUUCUUGUCGCAAACUCCGGUCCAGGCAAUGUCGGUGUUCUCCUUAACAAUGAUAAUGGCACAUUUGCUGCUCAAGUGACUUAUUCAACUGGCACUGACCCAUAUUCGGUGGCAGCAGUCGAUGUCAAUGGAGACAGCAAACUCGAUAUUAUUGUCGCAAAUUCAGGUUCAAACAAUGUCGGUGUUCUCUUAUCUGCCUGCAACUGA